UUUACUUCCUUCCGGAGUCGCCGCGCUGGCUUGUGUUGAAAAACCGCAGCCAAGACGCCCGAAAAGUCGUCGCCGCUCUAAGAGGCUUUCCUGUCGACUCAAUGGAGGUUCAUGCAGAGGUCACUGGCAUUGAACACUCUUUGGAAGAAACGAGCAAGGGCGGCGUAAAAAUGAGCGAUAUGCUGAAAAUGGGUGAGGAUAAGCUCUUGUACCGCUUCGGGCUUUGCAUGAUGCUCCAAUUUUACCAACAGAUGUCGGGCUCAAACCUCAUCUCAGUCUACGCAACAAUCUUGUUCCAAGAGAACCUAGGAAUGGGCACCGAAAUGUCACGCGUUCUAUCCGGAGGAGCUUUGACUUGGAAGUUUCUAUCGUCUUUCCUUGGGUUCGUCUGCAUUGACCGUUUUGGUCGCCGAGCUGUAUUCAUCAUCAGCGGUGUUGGGAUGUCCUCCUGCAUGGUCGCCCUUGCAAUCAGCACUUCAUUCCCAAAGGAAAACAAAGCAGCCCAAAUAGCUGCCGGCUGCUUUAUCUACCUGUACAACACGUUUGUACCCAUUGGGUUCUUGGGCGCCAAUUUUCUUUAUGCCACUGAGAUUGCGCCGAUCAAGUUGCGGAUGGCUAUGUCAUCUCUGUCCACAGCUAAUCACUGGCUAUGGAACUUUGUCGUCGUCAUGGUUACACCUGUGGCAAUCAGAAGUAUCGGGUACCAGUAUUACAUCGUCUAUGCCGUCAUAGCUGCCUGUAUUCCCGUGUCGGUUUACUUCCUGUUCCCUGAGACUAUGGGACGAAACUUGGAAGAGAUAGACAUGAUGUUCAGAGAAUCUCCGUCUGUACUGGGAACCGUCCGCUUCGCAAGAAAUCGCCCGAUUGCGAUGCCCCAAGAAUUUGAUCAUGAAAAGGGGAGAGAUGAGGCAGACUACGUGGAAACCAGGGAGGAAGUUCGGCAUGAGCAUACACCCCAGUUGUAGUCCCUUG